UCGGGUUGCAGUUGGCAUUCGUCACUCCAUUCCCUACCAAAUCCUCGCCAUCUCUCUUUAUCGUGAAAGCUUCACUUGGAAUGUUUAUUGUCUCGCUCAUUAUUGUCUGAGUUUCCCUUGUUUUUGGACUCCGGAGGGGAAGCAGAAAAGAAAAGAAACAUUGAAAGAUAAUCGACCGUCGACCUUGUGUAUCGCUCAUGCGACAGCGUUGAAGUGAGCUGCAACCCGCGCUCAUAAGUGCCUUUGCGGCCGCCUAAAAUCGAUACGAUGUCGUCGCCGCUCAUUUUUACACCGUGGAGGAGAAGAGCUUUGAGUGCUGCUUCACAAUCGGAAAGCGAGCAAGCUCAAUUGCAGCGCGACGAGCUUUCAACUUCUCCCGUUCAGCACGGCCAUAGUCCCCAUGUCCCAAUUGCUGCAAGACCGUCCUCUAGCUCUGCAGCUCAUAGAGAACCUAUCAGAUCUUUCAUCCAUGGUUCUGUGCGAGACGGCUUAGCACCAAUUGAUAGUGUUCAGAACGCUUUAUCUGUUCGGCAGGAUACUGCAGAGCUUGCGAAUUAUUUGCUCUCCGACCCGAAGACACAGCAGAGCUCGACCGUUCUCCAACGUGCAAGGGUUUCUUACCAGGACUCAAUUGACUCGGAGGCUAUCGACGACUCAUCUACGGCCGACAACACCCGCUCCUCCAAAACAAUCCUUGAAGUUUCCGAGCCGCCGUCUCCAGAGGGUCGCGAUGACGAUACUGACGCGGAUGCGGGACCGUCCGUACUGGCAAACCUCCUAAAGCGAUCUCCUCCCCAGUCGAUUGCGCCAAACCAACCACAAGUCGAGGAUGAGGAGCCAAACGGUGACGCAUGUCGACCGGAGGGGGAGCAACCUCGAGUUGCACACGCAGAGGAUGCUACGGAGCAGACCCCUCUACUCACACGGAUAACAUCCGCUGGCCGAAGGUCCUACUCUGACCUCGAGGGUCAAAAGCCUCAGACUAAACGACCAUGGUUUAGUGGUCUUGUGGAAGUCGGCAAUAAAAUGGAAGAAAGGGUUUCCCAAGGAGUGGCCAUCGCCAUCAACCCCAAGAAGUGGGAUCGUCAUGCGCUUUGGAAUAAUGCGGUCCUGACACCAACUUCAUGUUUACCUGCCGUUGCUGUUGGUCUGCUGCUCAAUAUCCUGGAUGCUCUAUCAUAUGGAAUGAUCCUCUUCCCUUUAGGAAAGCCAAUUUUUUCUCACCUGGGAUCCGCUGGAAUUUCUGUUUUCUAUGUUAGCACUAUUGUUUCGCAAAUAACAUUCUCAUCUGGUAGUAUCUUUAAGGGUGCCGUUGGUUCAGAGCUGAUUGAAGUGGUUCCGUUCUUUCAUAAUAUGGCUACAAAGAUCACUGAUAUUGUUGGGGAAGAUAAUCCUGAUGCCGUGAUCGCCACCACAAUUGUGUCAUUUUCCGUCAGUGCCAUGAUGACAGGUCUCGUCUUCUAUUUGAUGGGACGAUUUAAAGUCGGUUACAUGGUGGGAUUUAUUCCCAGGCAUAUUCUCAUUGGCUGUAUUGGAGGUGUUGGUUGGUUCCUGAUCGCAACUGGGUUCGAGGUUUCUGCUCGACUAGAUGGCAGCCUCCAGUACAACCUCGACACUCUCAAACAGCUCUCAGACCCGGCCACCGUCCCUCUCUGGGUUGUCCCCUUAGUUCUCGCCAUUGUUCUCUUUUAUGGCCAGUCUAAGAUCACAUCCAAAUUCUUCCUCCCCCUAUUUAUUCUCGCGAUCCCCCUCAUCUUCUAUUUCUUUGUCCUUGCCUUGGAUUCUUUGGACGUUGAUGUACUACGCGACCAUGGCUGGAUCUUUGAGGGACCUCCCUCCGGGGAGCCAUGGUGGUACUUCUACACCCUUUACAAGUUCAAACUUGUACGCUGGGAUGCAGUCAUCGAAUGUGUGCCUGCUAUGCUUGCAUUGACAUUCUUUGGCAUUUUGCAUGUCCCGAUCAACGUCCCUGCCUUAGCCCUAAACUGCGGCGAGGAUCAUGCUGAUCUUGAUAAGGAGCUAAGAUUGCAUGGCUACUCCAACUUCUUGUCCGGUUGUUUUGGUAGUAUUCAAAAUUACUUGGUCUAUGCAAACACAGUUUUCUUUAUGCGGUCUGGAGGUAAUAGCCGGCUUGCAGGUUAUAUGCUGGCCGCAGCAACGUUUGGUGUCAUGGUCAUUGGUCCAUCACUCAUUGGUUUCAUCCCAGUUAUGAUGGUGGGCACUCUGAUCUAUGAUCUAGGGUUCGAGCUGCUGCUUGAAGCUCUUUGGCUUCCACGGAAGAAACUCAAGCUGGCAGAGUAUCUGACUGUUGUGGUAAUUGUUCUUGUCAUGGGCAUUCAUGACUUUGUCGUUGGUAUCGGAGUUGGCAUACUAUUGGCAUUUGUUUCCUUGGUCCUACAGACCUCUCGUGUGUCGGCCAUUCGUGGAAACUACUCUGGAGAUAUUGUUUCCUCCACUGUGCGACGAAAUCCUUCUCAGCAUCAUUACUUGCAUGAGGUCGGCCGACAGAUUUAUAUCAUAAAACUUACAGGCUAUCUCUUCUUUGGGACCAUCGUCAGCGUUGAGGCAAAGAUUCGGGGCCUCUUGGAGGACAGCACAUUCACUAAGCAGCCCAUCAAGUUCUUGAUUCUUGACAUGUGGCACGUUACUGGACUCGACUAUUCCGCCGGUGAGGCUUUCAACACCAUCAGCCGCUUACUUGAUAACAAGGAUGUCGUCCUCGUUUUGAGUGGCGUGGACUCGGAAACUCAACUUGGUCGCAACCUACGAGCUGUCGGACUUGGAAACGAUGGUAUCGAGGUCAUGAUGUUGCCAAAUCUGAACUCUGCUCUUGAGAGCUGCGAAAAUGAACUCCUGAAAACUCUGUACGCCAGACAGGAAGAGAUGAACUCCCUGAGACGUAUAUCGGCACACUCAGCGCAGAAUCUGGACGUGCCUUCCAACAAAUCAUCUGGUUUCUCCUCCUUCGAUCCACCUUUCAAUUCACCGCGUCGUACUCACCUUGCUGAGGCCGCUCGCGAUGCUUUGAGCAGCGUGGAAGUACAACGUCCGAAGAAGUGGCAAAGUUUCAAGGAGCCCCUCCGUCUUAUGCUCCAGGUCUUCCAAGGCUUGAGUGACAAGAACGAGGACUUUUGGUUUCCAGCAGCCUCUUACUUCUCUCGGCGUGAGAUAACUGCUGGAACUGUUCUGUUCCGACGUGGAGAGCCAGCCAAUGGGUUCUACCUCGUGGAACGUGGUAUUGUACGUGCUGAGUAUGAUCUUCCUCAGGGCUGGCUUUGCGAGAGUAUCGUGGCUGGAACAACCCUCGGCGAGCUGCCUUUCUUCUCCGAAACAGAUCGAACUGCAACUGCUGUCGUGGAGCGUGACUGUGUGGUUUGGCUGAUGGAUCGAGACCAGUGGGACAGAAUCCAGAAGAAGGAACCAGAAAUUGGAAGAGAGCUGCUAAAGAUAUCACUGAAGCUGACAAGCGAGAGGAUGAGUGCUAUCACUUCAUACAUACUGACAACAGCGGGUUGAGUUCAAGUGGCCCAUAAUAUGUAUAAAUUAAUAGCUAUUGGUUUCUUGCAUGAAGUCUGACAAGACGGGAGUGAAAAGAUCAGUAUGCACGAAACUUGAAGCGUUAGUCAGCCACCUCGGUGUAGGGUAUUUUUUUGUUCAGCAGUUGGAUAGGCAUCAAUUUGAUUUGCACAUUGAAACUCUGA